CACACACUCAUGCUCAAACUGCGUCGCGCUUAAUGCCAUAAACUAGUUUAGUGGACUUUGUUGCCAAAUUAAGCCAUAAUUGCAGUCAAAUAUUGAUAUCUACGAAGUACUUUGUUAUCAACAACUAUUCAGCCUCCGCAUUCUCUUCACUAGACAUCCCACGCGAGUCAUAUUUGGGAGAUUGCUGUCGCAUGACAAUCCUAAACGGACCAAGAACUAUUGACACCGACGAAUAUGCGUAUUUUUAGCCAGGGCAUGAGUCCUCUGCACUAUUCGUAAGCCGUUAAGCAAUCUAGGGCACGUUUUUUCAAUGAUUUAGUAGGAUUUAGUUCGCCUUGUCCGGCAGUGACUGGAACAGAUUGGCAUUUCGUUUUCAGACAUGCACGGACUGAGUUGCAAAUGUAAAUGGGGCCUUACUUUCAUUAUGUUCUUAUCUGUCAUUUGCGUGUUUAUCUUCUGUGAAUAUUUGAUAUAUUACCCUGCAAUUUUGCGUUGUUCGUGGCCGGAGUUGAAUGGAGACAGCGGCAAGGGAGUCCCCCCGCUUCGCGCAUUGUUUCUGUCGGAUACACACCUCCUUGGCGCAAUAAAGGGACACUGGCUCGACAAACUGCGAAGGUAUGCUGUGAACUCCUAUUCCAAUUUCAUUGCUAAUGCGUAUCAUAUUAAUAAGAAAUAUAUAUAUAUAUAUUGUGUGUUUUACAUCCCUUUAGGACUGUCAUUUGUUGAAUGUGUGCAUUUCAAACCUCUCUUUGGUCAAAGUUUUAAUUUGCAUCUCGUAUCAGAUGUAUAAAAAAAACAAUGAACAGAAACAGACCGUAUAACGCCCUCCAAACACGUCCAUAAGUCAUGGAAAGUGGGAUUUUUAAAAUAUUUUUAGGACAGGAAUAGAAUUAAUCCUCUUAGAUGGCUCAAAUUAAUAUCAGAUCAUAUGAAAUCACCAUGGCAUCCAACUUCACCAGCUAGGGCACUAAACCGGAUCACAGCUUUGACUGCAAUGCCUCAUGUUCACAUGGUCCACAAAAUGAGUUCUAUUGGUCAGUUUCAAUAGUCUUCUUCAUUGGGAGGAUGCUACCAGGAUUUGUUUAAUACAUUAUACAACAUGAUGGACAAGAAUACUUUAAAUCAAUGGUGGUUGUCUCUUGGUGUUGGGUAGUCAUGACCAACAGAUUAUUAUCUGGGCCAGGAGUAUUUCCUUACGGGGCAACUCUGGACUGUAAUAGGCUAUCACUAUAGUCAGGGCCCAGAGUUUUUCCUAGUGGUCAGGAAAACUCCCUGCCCUAAUCCUAAUGUACUGUACAUUCCUCCCUGAUAGAGAAUGGCAGAUGGAGAGAUCUUUCCAGACAGCACUGGGGCUCCUACAGCCAGAGGUGGUCUUCAUUUUGGGAGACCUCUUCGACGAGGGGAAAUGGAGCUCCCCAAAGGUUUGUUGAUGGACACUGUCAGUUAUCAGACCUGAUAGACGACACAGCUGGACUACUCAGGAUAUGUGAUGAUAAUAUAUGUUGGUACAUAAGGGGAUGUGUGUGUGUGUGUGUGUGGAUUUGAGCACUGGCCAUUCAAUUUGCUGGACAGAUUGUCCUUGAGGUGUGACUGACCCCCACCAGACGUGCUUUAGUAGACACAGACAGUGAAUAGGAGUAUGCGUUUGGGAGUUCAUUACAGUCAUUAUGAGUUAAUGGUAUGACGUAAACCAUAAUCCAACUGAGGAAGGAAGUAAAUAACAGUAGUACACAUCCUACUGUACACAUCCUACUGCGUCUAGUGCUAGGAGGGGUUGAGGCAGAUGUUGAUACCCCAGCUCAAACUGUUCCAAACUGUGACCAUCUGAAAAUGCACCUUGUGUUCUUCAGGACUGGGAGGAUGACGUCCGCCGCUUUAAGCAGAUCUUCCGACAUCCCAGUGAUGUGGAGCUCAUAGCCAUCAUUGGGAACCAUGACAUUGGCUUCCAUCAUGAGUAAGUUAAGUUCAGAAGUUUCACUGUUAAAUGGAGGCUACCAGGGAACAUUUCAACAACAUCAUUCUCUCUAUUGUUACCUAGUUCUGCUAACAAUAGUAAGUUACGUUGUCUGUAGUCGGGGUGAGUUAGUGCACUGUGCCCCCAUGCCCUGUGGUGGUGGUACUAAUGUCCUCUUGACGUCAUUUUUAAAAAACUUUGAACAGGAUGAACUGGUACAAACUUGAACGCUUCGAGAAGGUGUUCAAUGUCACGUCUGCCCGGAUCGUAACCAACAAGGGAGUCAAGUAGGUUGCUUUACUGUAAAUAGCGACAUCUAACCUCAAAAUCCUGCAUGUAAACAGUUUAACAAUGUGUGGAUUGUGGUUAGUCACGUUGAUGUGUAGCUUAGCUCCAAUCCUUGUACCAUCAUUAAUGUAUGGUUUUAAUGUAUGGUUUUAAUGUGUGUGUGUGUUUUCCCAUUAAGUUUUGUACUGGUGAACAGUAUGGCCAUGCAUGGAGACCGUUGCCCCAUCUGCGAGCAUGUGGAAAACGAGCUGUACAGCCUCUCUCAGGCUCUCAACUGUUCAGUGCUGGUGAUCUUUAUCACAACCAACAUCCUCAUCAAUGCCACACACACACACACACACACACACACACACAAAAUGGGGGUUAUUGGGAUUUGGAGAGAAGCAGAGAUUUGAGCGUUGACAAAAAAUCAAGAGAGUCACCAUAGAGCUUUUUACAUGUUACUCAGUGCCAAAGAGAUUUGUGGGUCAAAUGUUUUGGGUUUGUACCCAGACUUUAUUCACUAACAUCCCCAGAAAUGUAUUCCGUAAAUGUCUUUUGAAACGUGGUAAGCAUAAUGUUGUCACGAAAGAUGAAGGCUUGUCCCUACACAUUGUCAACAUUAUGUUACUCCCAUUGCCAAUGUGAAAGUAGAUUGUAAUGAUAUUGUGGAUUUCACAGAGCCACCGGUCAAGCAGCAUGAGAACAUACUGUCAGGACGAUAUGCAGAAGUUUCCCCACUCUUCACCUAUCAUCCUACAGGUACGGUUUAGUGUGCGUGCGUGCUUGUGAAGUGAGUGAGAGUACAUUAGUUAAUUAUAGGUCAUUGCAGUGUCAUUGUACACUGUGUACAAAACAUAGGAACACCUACAGGUACGGUUUAGUGUGCGUGCGUGCUUGUGAAGUGAGUGAGAGUACUUUAGUUAAUUAUAGGUCAUUGCAGUGUCAUUGUACACUGUGUACAAAACAUAGGAACACCUUCCUAAUAUUGUGUUGCACCCCCUUUUGCCCUCAGAACAGCCUCAAUUCGUUGGGGGCAUGGACAACAAGGUGUUGAAAGCGUCCCACUGGGUUGCUGGCCAAUGUUGACUCCAAUGCUUCCCACAGUUGUCAAGUUGGGUGGAUGUCCUUUGAGUGGUGGACCAUUCUCGAUACACACAGGAAACUGUUGAGGGUGAGAAACCCAGCAGCGUUGCAGUUCUUUACACACUCAAACCGAUGCGCCUGGCACCUACUACCAUACCCCAUUCAAAGACACUUACAUCUUUUGUCUUGCCUAUUCACCCUCUGAAUGGCAUACAUACAAAAUCCAUGUCUCAAUUGUCUCAAGGCUAAAAAUCCGUCCUUAACCUGUCUCCUCCCCUUCAUCUACACUGAUUGAAGUGGAUUUAACAGGUGACAUCAAUAAGAGAUCAUAGCUUUCACCUGGUCAGUCUAUCAUGGAAAGGGCAGGUGUUCCUAAUGUUUUGUACACUCAAUGUAAAUACUUCUAUGUAAAAAGCAGGGGGUGUUCCGGAACAGAACCGUUAUUUUCAAAUCUUGAGAACCAGUUAAUAAAGGAAUUGUUUGUUCAAAAAUAUUAAUGUCUAGCAGUGGUGGAAAAAGUACUCAAUUGUCAUACUUAAGUAAAAGUAAAGAUACACUACAUGACCAAAAGUUUGUGAACACCUGCUUGUCGAACAUCUCAUUCCAAAAUCAUGGGCAUUAAUAUGGAGUUGGUCCCCCCUUUGCUGCUAUAACAGCCUCCACUCUUCUGGGAAGGCUUUCCACUAGACGUUGUAACAUUGCUGCAGGGACUUGCUUCCAUUCAGCCACAAGAGCAUUAGUGAGGUCGGGCACUGAUGUUGGGCGAUUAGGCCUGGCUCGGAGUCUGCGUUCCAAUUUAUCCCAAAGGUGUUUCGAUGGGGUUGAGGUCAGGGAUCUGUGCAGGCCAGUCAUGUUCUUCCACAACGAUCUCGACAAACAAUUUUUGUAUGGACCUCGCUUUGUGCAUGGGGCAUUGUCAUGCUGAAAUAGGAAAGGGCCUUCUCCAAACUGUUGCCACAAAGUUGGAAGCACAGAAUCAUCUAGAAUAUCAUUGUACGCUGUAGCAUUAAGAUUUCCCUUCACUGGAGUUAAGGGGCCUAGCUUGAACCAUGAAAAACAGCCCCAGACCUUUAUUCCUCCUCCACCAAACUUUACAGUUGGCACUAUGCAUUGGGGCAGGUAGCGUUCUCCUGGCAUCCUCCAAACCCAGAUUCGUCCGUCGAACUGCCAAAUGGUGAAGUGUGAUUCAUCACUGCAGAGAACGCGUCUCCACUGCUCCAGAGUCCAAUGUCGGUGAGCUUUACACACCUUCAGCCGACGCAUAGUGAUCUUAGGCUUUUGUGCGGCUGCUCGGCCAUGGAAACCCAUUUUAUGAAGCUCCCGAUGAACAGUUCUUGUAAUGACGUUGCUUCCAGAGGCAGUUUGGAACUCUGUAGUGAGUGCUGCAACCGAGAGACGAUUUUUACGUGCUUCAGCACUCAGCGCUCCCGUUCUGUGAGCUUGUGUGGCCUACCAUUUCAGGGCUGAGCCGUUGUUGCUCCUAGAAGUUUCCACUUUACAAUAGCAGCACUUACAGUUGACCGGGGAAGAUCUAGCGGGGCAGAAAUUUGACGAACUGACUUGUUGGAAAGGUGGCAUCUUAUGACUGAGCUCUUCAGUAAGGCCAUUCUACUGCCAAUGUUUGUCUAUGGAGAUUGCAUGGCUGUGUGCUUGAUUUUAUACACCUGUCAGUAACGGGUGUGGCUGAAAUAGCCGAAUCCACAAAUUUGAAGGGGUGUCCACAUACUUUUGUAUAUAUAGUGUACCUUAAUAGAAAAUGACUCAAGUAAAAGUGAAAGUCACCCAGUAAAAUACUACUUGAGUAAAUGUCUAAAAGUAUCUGGUUUUAAAUGUACUUAAGUACAGCGGUGGAAAAACUCAAUUGUCAUACUUCAGUAAAAGUCCAAAGUAAAAGUAAAGCUAUUAAAGCUUAUAUUAAGCAAACCAGAUUGCAUGAUUUUCUUGUUCUUUUAAUUUACAGACAGCCAGGCACACUCCAACACUCAGACAAACACAGUGUUUGUGUUCAGGGAGUUCACCAGAUCAAUGAAAGUAGGAAACGUGCUAUAUUGAUAAAUGCGUGAAUUGGACCAUAUUGCUGUCCUACCGUAGCAUUCGAAAUGUAAUGAGUACUUUUGGGUGUCAGGGAAAAUGUAUGGAGUAAAAAGUACAUUAUUUUCUUUAGGAAUGUAGUGAACUAAAAGUACAAGUUGUCAAAAAUAUAAAUAGUAAAGUAAAGUACAUACAGUUGAAGUCGGAAGUUUACAUGCACUUAGGUUGGAGUCAUUAAAACUCGUUUUUCAACCACUCCACAAAUUGCUUGUUAACAAACUAUAGUUUUGGCAAGUCGGUUAGGACAUCUACUUUGUGCAUGACAAGUAAUUUUUCCAACAAUUGUUUACAGACAGAUUAUUUCACUUAUAAUUCACUGUAUCACAAUUCCAGUGGGUCAGAAGUUUACAUACACUAAGUUGACUGUACCUUCAAACUGUAGCUUGGAAAAUUCCAGAAAAUGAUGUCAUGGCUUUAGAAGCUUCUGAUAGGCUAAUUGACAUAAUUUGAGUCAAUUGGAGGUAUACCUGUGGAUGUAUUUCAAGGCCUACCUUCAAACUCAGUGCCUCUUUGCUUGACAUGGGAAAAUGAAAAGAAAUCAGCCAAGACCUCAGAAAAUAAAUUGUAGACCUCCACAAGUCUGGUUCAUCCUUGGGAGCAUUUUCCAAACGCCUGAAGGUACCACUUUCAUCUGUACAAACAAUAGUACGCAAGUAUAAACACCAUGGGACCACGCAGCCAUCAUACCGCUCAGGAAGGAGACGUGUUCUGUCUCCUAGAGAUGAACGUACUUUGGUGGGAAAAGUGCAAAUCAAUCCCAGAACAACAGCAAAGGACCUUGUGAAGAUGCUUGAGGAAACAGGUACAAAAGUAUCUAUAUCCACAGUAAAACUAGUCCUAUAUCGACAUAACCUGAAAGGCCGCUCAGCAAGGAAGAAGCCACUGCUCCAAAACCGCCAUAAAAAAGCCAGACUACGGUUUGCAACUGCACAUGGGGACAAAGAUUGUACCUUUUGGAGAAAUGUCCUCUGGUCUGAUGAAACAAAAAUAGAACUGUUUGUCCAUAAUGACCAUCGUUAUGUUUGGAGGAAAAGGGGGAUGCUUGCAAGCCGAAGAACACCAUCCCAACCGUGAAGCACGGGGGUGGCAGAAUCAUGCUGUGGGGGUGCUUUGCUGCAGGAGGGACUGGUGCACUUCACAAAAUAGAUGGCAUCAUGAGUAAGGAAAAUUAUGUGGAUAUAUUGAAGAAACAUCUCAAGACAUCAGUCAGGAAGUUAAAGCUUGGUCGCAAAUGGUUCUUCCAAAUGGACAAUGACCCCAAGCAUACUUCCAAAGUUGUGGCAAAAUGGCUUAAGGACAACAAAGUCAAGGUAUUGGAGUGGCCAUCACAAAGCCCUGACCUCAAUCCUAUAGAAAAUGUGUGGGCUGAACUAAAAAAGUGUGUGCAAGCAAGGAGGCCUACAAACCUGACUCAGUUACACCAGCUCUGUCAGGAGGAAUGGGCCAAAAUGCACCCAACUUAUUGUGGGAAGCUUGUGGAAGGCUACCUGACACGUUUGACCCAAGUUAAACAAUUUAAAGGCAAUGCUACCAAAUACUAAUUGAGUGUAUGUAAACUUAUGACCCACUGGGAAUGUGAUGAAAGAAAUAAAAGCUUAAAUAAAUAAUUCUCUGUACUAUAUUUCUGACAUUUCACAUUCUUAAAAUAAAAGUGGUGAUCCUAACUGACCUAAAAGAGGGACUUUUUACUAGGAUUAAAUGUCAGGAAUUGUGAAAAACUGAGUUUAAAUGUAUUUGGCUAAGGUGUAUGUAAACUUCCGACUUCAACUACAGUGGGGAAAAAAAGUAUUUAGUCAGCCACCAAUUGUGCAAGUUCUCCCACUUAAAAAGAUGAGAGAGGCCUGUAAUUUUCAUCAUAGGUACACGUCAACUAUGACAGACAAAAUGAGGAAAAAAAUUCCAGAAAAUCACAUUGUAGGAUUUUUAAUGAAUUUAUUUGCAAAUUAUGGUGGAAAAUAAGCAUUUGGUCAAUAACAAAAGUUUCUCAAUACUUUGUUAUAUACCCUUUGUUGACAAUGACACAGGUCAAACGUUUUCUGUAAGUCUUCACAAGGUUUUCACACACUGUUGCUGGUAUUUUGGCCCAUUCCUCCAUGCAGAUCUCCUCUAGAGCUGUGAUGUUUUGGGGCUGUCGCUGUGUAACACGGACUUUCAACUCCCUCCAAAGAUUUUCUAUGGGGUUGAGAUCUGGAGACUCCAGGACCUUGAAAUGCUUCUUACGAAGCCACUCCUUCGUUGCCCGGGCGGUGUGUUUGGGAUCAUUGUCAUGCUGAAAGACCCAGCCACGUUUCAUCUUCAAUGCCCUUGCUGAUGGAAGGAGGUUUUCACUCAAAAUCUCACGAUACAUGGCCCCAUUCAUUCUUUCCUUUACACGGAUCAGUCGUCCUGGUCCCUUUGCAGAAAAACAGCCCCAAAGUAUGAUGUUUUCACUCCCAUGCUUCACAGUAGGUAUGGUGUUCUUUGGAUGCAACUCAGCAUUCUUUGUCCUCCAAACACGACGAGUUGAGUUUUUACCAAAAAGUUAUAUUUUGGUUUCAUCUGACCAUAUGACAUUCUCCCAAUCCUCUUCUGGAUGCACUCUAGCAAACUUCAGACGGGCCUGGACAUGUACUGGCUUAAGCAGGGGGACACGUCUAGCACUGCAGGAUUUGAGUCCCUGGCGGCGUAGUGUGUUACUGAUGGUAGGCUUUGUUACUUUGGUCCCAGCUCUCUGCAGGUCAUUCACUAGGUCCCCCCGUGUGGUUCUGGGAUUUUUGCUCACCGUUCUUGUGAUCAUUUUGACCCCACGGGGUGAGAUCUUGCGUGGAGCCCCAGAUCGAGGGAGAUUAUCAGUGGACUUGUAUGUCUUCCAUUUCCUAAUAAUUGCUCCCACAGUUGAUUUCUUCAAACCAAGCUGCUUACCUAUUGCAGAUUCAGUCUUCCCAGCCUGGUGCAGGUCUACACUUUUGUUUCUGGUGUCCUUUGACAGCUCUUUGGUCUUGGCCAUAGUGGAGUUUGGAGUGUGACUGUUUGAGGUUGUGGACAGGUGUCUUUUAUACUGAUAACAAGUUCAAACAGGUGCCAUUAAUACAGGUAACGAGUGGAGGACAGAGGAGCCUCUUAAAGAAGAAGUUACAGGUCUGUGAGAGCCAGAAAUCUUGCUUGUUUGUAGGUGACCAAAUACUUAUUUUCCACCAUAAUUUGCAAAUAAAUUCAUUAAAAAUCCUACAAUGUGAUUUUCUGGAUUUUCUUUUCUCAAUUUGUCUGUCAUAGUUGACGUGUACCUAUGAUGAAAAUUACAGGCCUCUCUCAUCUUUUUAAGUGGGAGAACUUGCACAAUUGGUGGCUGACUAAAUACUUUUUUUCCCCACUGUAUAUACCCCAAAAAACUACUUAAGUAGUACUUUAAAGUAUUUUAACUUAGUUACAUUACACCACUUAUGUCUAGUAUAUAAUUCUGUAAUUCGGUGAAGUUAUAAUAGCCUAAACCCAUUCCAGUUCACGUCAUGUCAUGAUGUUCAGCGCUUCAAGCCAUGUGCCAUCCAUGUGCACCCCUCUCUCUUGCUCUCUCCCCACUGGUGACAUUUCUGACCAAUCAAAUAUGUAAACAACUAGUGUUCCAAAGCAAGCUUCUCGAUCUGUGCUAAUGGGUCGUGUAAAUUAAUGAGCUAUUUUGUAAAAACUGUUGAUUUCAUAAAAAUAAAUUAAGGAACUACACUGAGUGUACAAAACAUUAAGAACUGCUCUUUUUAUGACAUAGACUGACUAGGUGAAUCCAGGUGAAAGAUCCUUUAUUGAUGUCACUUGAAGAAGGAUUUUUAAGCCUCUCUCCUGUAACUAUUCCCCAGGUUGUUGCUGUAAAUGAGAAUGUGUUCUCAGUCAACUUACCUGGUAAUAUAAGGGGGAAAAUAAAAUAAAAUUGAGACAUGGAAUGUCUAUGUGUGCCAUUCAGAGGGUGAAUGGGCUGAACAAAAGAUGUAAGUGCCUUUGAAUGGGGUAUGGUAGUAGGUGCCAGGCGCACUGGUUUGUGUCAAGAACUGCAACGCUGCUGGGUUAUUCGCGCUCAACAGUUUCCCGUGUGUAUCAAGAAUGGUCCACCACUCAAAGGACAUCCAGCCAACUUGGAGUCAACGUUGGCCAGCAUCCCUGUGGAACGCUUUCUACACCUUGUAGAGUCCAUGCCCCGACGAAUUGAGGCUGUUCUGUGUGUGUGUGUGUGUGUGUGUGUGGGGGGGGGGGGGGGGGGGGGGGGGGGGGGUUAUUGGUUAGUUGCAGAUGAAAUCCAUAUUGUGUAGAGCCUACCUAUUAUACAGAAUCACCUGGUGUUAGCUUACCGUGGGGCUAUAGAGUUAGCAUUCAUCAGCAUUGUUCACUUACAGUAUGUUAUGCACUGUGUAUUGACCUUCUGUGGGCAGCACUACCCUCUGUACCGACCCAAUGAUGCAGAGUGCACUGGGCAGGACGCCGCCUCUCCUGAAGAGCGACACCAGGUGUUCCAUGAGCGCUAUGACGUUCUCUCCCAGGAGGCUUCUCAAAGGGUGAGCUUACACACACUCAGCACUCUAACUAAAACCUGGGGUGCAUCGCCAUUGUUUAACGUGGCCUCCUCUCCUUGCUUGCACCUGUUUUAUUUUCUUCAGAUCGUGCAGAUGAAGGAAAGGAGACAAGUAGAGGAAGCCACUUUAGACUAUUGAGAUACACCCCUAGGGCUCAUUCUGAAGAGUGCAUCUUUCCGACUGAAGACCAUAACAUAUGUUGGGUCUUCUUAAGCCUUGUUCACACUGCAGGCUUUAAUGCUCAAAUCAGUUUUGUUUUGGACAACUAACUGUCCAAACAGCAAGUGACCAAAUCGGAUUUGUGUGUGUUCAGACAGCAGUCAUUUGCUGACAAGGCAACGCUAGUUGUCAUAGGGGUGUGUGUGCAGUGGUCUAGACUGAUUGGUGCUUGUGGUUCCUAUCACUCAGAAGUUAUGUAGCAAGCUAAGGUGACAACAAUGCCUGCCAUGGUCGUUGCCCAGUUGCUUUGAAUAUUCAAAAUCAUAGUGUAAGAACACUUUUAAAGCCUCAAAGGAUAAGAUGAUCCAACUUUCAAAACAAGUCCUUUUUGGCUAGCCACAGCAGUCCGCUAGCUAGCUGUAAACAAUUAACAAGCUAGUUGGCUACUACAUGUCAACAUAGUAGCUAGCAAGCAACAAGAUAUGCCAAAUAACAGUCUAGAAACCACUUGACAGCAAAUAAAUCAGAUUUGACCAUUCAGACACAAGUCGCAUGGCCAGGAAUCAAAUUUGUAUAUGACUUCAAACCACCUAGGAAGGUGGUUUGAAAUGUGGCUAGAAAUAUCUGAUUCCAUGUGCUUUUUGGCUGUUCAGACUGCAGGAAAAAGAAGAGAUGAUAAAUCUUAUUUACAUUUUAGUCAUUUAGCAGACACUCUUAUACAGAGCGACUUGAGUGCAUACAUUUUUCAUACUUUCAUACUUAUAUGUAAAUAAAUACGAUUUGAGUCACUUCACACGGCCAAUGUGAACACGGCUUUAGAGGCAUGUGAUUACAGAAAUAUCAUGAUGGAUUCUUUUGGUCCCACUCUGCAGUUACUCUGGUGGUUCCAGCCCCGCCUUAUUCUGAGCGGCCACACCCACAGUGCCUGUAAGGUGAUCCAUGACAACAAGCACCCAGAGAUCAGCGUUCCUUCCUUCAGCUGGAGAAACCGCAACAACCCCAGCUUCAUCCUGGUAACUAAUUAACUACACUGAACAAAAAUAUGAACACAAAAUGUACAGUCUUUGUUUUAUUACAUGAGCUGAAAUAAAACAUCUCAAAUUUUCCAUUCACACAAAAAGCUUAUUUCUCUCAAAUUUGGUGCACAAAUUUGUUUACAUCCCUGUUAGUGAGCAUUUCUCUUUUGCCAAGAUAAUCCAUCCACCUGACAGGUGUGGCAUAUCAAGAAGCUGAUUAAACAGCAUGAUCAUUACACAGGUGCACCUUGUGCUGGGAAUAAUAAAAGGCCACUGUAAAAUGUCAGAUGUCUCAAGUUUUGAGGGAGCGUGCAAUUGGCAUGCUGACUGCAGGAAUGUCUACCAGAGCUGUUGCCAGAGAACUGAAUGUUCAUUUCUCUACCAUAAGCCGCCUCCAAUGUCGUUUUAGAGAAUUUGGCGGUACGUCCAACUGGCCUUAUAACGUUGUGAACAGAGUGCCCCAUGGUGGCGGUGGGGGUAUAGGCAGGCAUAAGCUAAGGACAAUGAACACAAUUGCAUUUUAUCUAUGGCAAUUUGAAUGCACAGAGAUACCGUGACGAGAUCCUGAGGCCCGUUGUCGUGCCAUUCAUCAGCUGCCAUCACCUCAUGUUUCAGCAUGAAAAUGCACGGCCCCAUGUCGCAAGGAUCUGUACACAAUUCCUGGAAGGUGAAAAUGUCCCAGUUCUUCCAUAAUAAUAAUAAUAAUAAUAAUAAUAAUAAUAAUAUGCCAUUUAGCAGACGCUUUUAUCCAAAGCGACUUAGUCAUGUGUGCAUAAAUUUUUACGUAUGGGUGGUCCCGGGGAUCGAACCCACUACCCUGGCGUUAGAAGCGCAAUGCUCUACCAAUUAAGCUACAGAGGACCACGGCCAUGCAUGGCCUGCAUAUUUACCAGACAUGUCACCCAUUGAGCAUGUUUGGGAUGCUCUAGAUCAACAGCGUGUUCCAGUUCCCACCAAUAUCCAGCAACUUCACACAGCCAUUGAAGAGGAGUGGGAUAAAAUUCCACAGGCCACAAUCAACAGCCUGAUCAACUCUAUGCGAAGGAGAUGUGUCACGCUGCAUGAGGCAAAUAGUUGUCACACAAGAUACUAACUGGUUUUCUGAUCCACACCCCUACCUUUUUGUUUAAGGUAUCCGUGACCAACAGAUGCAUAUCUGUAUUUCCCAGUCACAUUUCCUUAUAUGAACUGUAACUGAGUAAAAUCUUUGAAAUUGUUGCAUGUUGCGUUUAUAUUUUUGUUCAGUAUAAAUAUCAGGAUUGGGGUCAAUUCCAUUUUAAAUUCAACUUUACCUCUCUCUCCCACUUUCUCCAGGGCACCUUCUCUCCCACAGACUUCCAGUUGGCCAAGUGCUUCCUGCCAGAGGAGAGCAGCGUGGUGGUCAUCUACUGCUCCACAGCCAUGGUCGUCUCCCUCCUGCUCACUGCCCACCUCCACUUCUCCAAGACCUCCAUGCUCUUGGCCACCAGCCUCAUGGGCAAGCACAAGGGCUUCUGACUGUUAUAGUGAAAGUGUUUCCCCUAGAUCUAAUGUUUGCUUUGCGGGCCUAUUAAAAAAAGGCCCAAGAAGCAGCAUUCAGGGUAGCAAAUGCCCAUAAAGUGUGACUGAAACCAAUGGAGAGCGAAAUGUUCUAGGUGAAGGGCAAGAGAGAGGCCCUAUGGUUACCUGUCAAAGUAACUGUAUGGGGACGUCUCAUCUGUGUGACCUGUCACAUUUGACCCCCUCAGGCCCCAUGUUCAUCCCUGAGACCAAAAGACUCCUGUGUAGUGCAGACACUCCUGACAUCCAACCCAACAGCACCUUUUACAGGGCCUGGGUCACGCUGUACAGCUUUUACUCAUCAAUUAGCUUUCUUCCCCUUUUAAAUUAUUGGCAACUUGAAUGUUUUUUUUGUUUUUUUACUUAUCUUUGAUCUAAUGGUUAAUAAGCUAUGACAAGGCCAUCUUUGACCUUUUUAAAUGUGACCUGGACGAAAACAGUCGAGGGAAGACGGUAGAACUGGGUUUCUUGUAACUGUAAUUUAUGCAUAUACAAAGUGUACAUAAUCUGUUAUAUUUUCCCGCACAUUCAGUUUAGACAAACCAACAAAAAAAAAAAAA